UUUGGGAACCCGCCUGCCUUAUAUUUUUUACUAAUUCCUUCUUCUUUUUUCAGAAAAACUCCCCCGUUUUCUUCCGUCUCCGAAGUCAAUCCAUGCUUCAGCUCCGACCACCUAACUACCAUCCUCACAACCAUUUUUCUCCGAGCCAAGCUCUAAAUCUCAGGCACCCGUGAACCCAACCCUCAAACCAAGUGACCCCAGGUGCGAGCCCAUUUCUGCGUGCCUUUGACCCAAUGCGACUUCCAUUCGCGAGCCACCACCAGGCACGAUUCUACACCCGUUCCGCUGUAGAGCCCCGAGUGUGCACCAAGCUGGAGCUUGAACGAUCCUGAGUUGCAGAGGAAGAAAAUGGUGGCUGGGUAUAAGGCUUACGCCGUUGAGGGGUAUAUUUGGAUUUUUUGUCUUGAAUGAUGCUUGAGUGAAUAGUUUACCGUUCCUUACCAGAAAUUUUAGAUUUUAGUAUCACUCAAUCUCAGAAACCCAUUUCCAACUUCACAAAACCCAUUAAAAUCCCAUUCAGUUUCUCCUCGAACCCUCCCAGAAGCUGGCCAAAACUACGCCGUUUCGGGGGGUCGAGUUCCGUUUCAGGAAGCUCGGUUUCGAUGCAAGAAGAAGUGGAAAUUGAGGAGGAAGAAGAAGAAGAAGAUGACCCAACUGUCGAGCUCUGCUAUCUCGACCCUGAAACGAAUCCCAACAGCCUUACUGAAUGGGAGCUUGAUUUUUGCUCAAGACCCAUUCUUGAUAUUAGAGGGAAGAAGCUUUGGGAGCUUGUGGUUUGUGAUGAGUCUUUGUCAUUGCAAUAUACUAAGUACUUUCCCAAUAAUGUGAUCAAUAGUAUUACUUUGAAGGACGCCAUUAAGGGAAUCAGUGAAGAUUUGGGUAUUCCUUUACCUGAUAAAAUACGCUACUUCAGGUCACAAAUGCAGACAAUUAUAACAAAGGCUUGUAAUGAGCUUGGUAUAAAACCUGUUCCUAGUAAAAGGUGUGUAUCACUGCUGUUAUGGUUGGAUGAAAGAUUUGAGACUAUAUAUACUCGUCAUCCUGGUUACCAGAAUGGUGCUAAGCCACUUCUCGCGUUAGAUAACCCUUUCCCAAUGGAACUUCCGGAUAAUCUUUUUGGGGAUAGAUGGGCUUUUGUCCAAUUACCUUUGUCAGCUGUUCGGGAGGAGAUUUCAUCCUUAGAAUCAAAACUUGUAUUUGGUUCAAGUUUAGAUUUGGAUUUGUUGGGGAUUGAAAUUGAUGACGGCACAUUGAUCCCAGGGUUGGCUAUUUCUUCUUCACGAGCUAAACCGCUAGCAGAUGGUUUUCAAGCUGGCAGAGAUAUACGAAGCAAGGCGUGGCUGAAUCUUUGGUUGAUGAGCAGUCUUCUGGAUCUCAAAAUAUGGAUGUUAUUACUUUAAAGAGUGCAAA